AUGACAGACUGUCCUACCCCUGCGAGCCAUGGGGGAGACGGACGACCGGUGGAGCGUACACCGACCAGUAACCCCUCGUCGACCCUGCUGCUGCUUUACGAUCUCGACCCAAAUCCCGGUAGGAGAGUUCACCAAGGACAUUCCGCCCGCGCCCAUAGUAGAAUUUACGAAACCACGCAAAUCGUCGGCACUGACGAGGCCGGACCGUCGUCGGUGCCGGACGGAGCGAGCGACCAAGAUGAGGAAUGUGACGACGCGUCAUCGUCCAGCGACGAUGACGACGAAGACAACCCAUGGCCUCGACGUGGCGCAGGUCUGCGCACGUUGGAAGAGAAGCUCAAGGGGGAACGUGCAUUCAUAGAGGAUCUGUUGAACGAGGACGAGCUUCAGGACCUACUAAACACGGCGGUGCCACGAGAACAUUGGAAGGCGGCCGACUUUGUUGAGGAAGAUAUGGUCUACGCUCACCUGAGCGGGGCCAGCAUCCGCGAGAUCACACUCCCAUACAUCUUCUUGUACCGACUCGCUAGCACCUCGUUGGUGAACCUGGAAAACCAGCCGGUCGUCAUGGUGAUCGCCGCGCGGAACUCGAAGACAUCCAAGGAUGCGCAUAUUCAGCAGAGCUACGCGGCGUGGCACCUCGAAGCGGAGUUGUGCGCCGUCGGCGAGACCGGCCUGUGGCUGCACUUUAUCCUCGACCGGAUCGGCCAGUUUCACGGCGUCGACCUCAUUCCGCCGGUGGACACCAGCACGCGCGAGCGCUGGUACAAGAAGCACAUGUUCUUCGCCCGCAACGACGAGGAGCAAAAUGAACUCCCUGCUGCCAGCCACCAGCAAUGGACGAGGCAGAUGUGGAAGACGAACAGGGUGUUCUACAAGCGGAACGUCCACGCCGCCCGAGCAGGCAGGGCGCAGGAGCUGGCCAUCGACGGUACGUAUCGCGUCGAGAUAGCCGAGCUGGGCCACUGGGCGAUCAACAAGAUGACUCGAGCUUACAUCACAGCCAUUCCCGUCGGCGUGGUGAUGAAGAAGGCCGGCUAUUCGGGUGCCAAGCAAGACUACUUCUUGGGUCGCAGUAGGGUGCCACCCUUCGACGAACUCCUGGAGCUCAUCGCCGAGCACAUCUUCCCCAGCGUUGACGACCUGCUUAAGAAGGUAUUUUAA